UUUUUCUGGCCACCUAUGCUUUGGCCCAUCCCGGCACCGAGCGGCCCAGCCCCCCUCGCUCCGUCGCUCAUCUUCCUCGCGCGAGCGCCGCCACCCCUCCCUCCCCAUCCCGCUGCCGGGCGCCGCAGACCCCUGCCUCGUCUUCCUCCACCGUAGGUUAGCAUCUGACAGCCAUGGCUAAGCAUCAUCCUGAUCUCAUCAUGUGCCGGAAGCAGCCUGGCAUUGCUAUUGGUCGCUUGUGCGAGAAAUGUGACGGCAAGUGUGUCAUCUGUGACUCGUAUGUGCGCCCAUGUACGCUUGUCCGGGUCUGCGAUGAGUGCAACUAUGGCUCAUUCCAGGGAAGGUGUGUCAUCUGUGGAGGAGUUGGCAUCUCAGAUGCCUACUACUGCAAGGAGUGUACACAGCAGGAGAAGGACCGAGACGGAUGCCCCAAGAUUGUGAAUCUAGGAAGCGCCAAGACUGAUCUCUUCUACGAGCGUAAGAAGUACGGUUUUAAGAAAAGAUGAACCAGAUGGUUUCGUCAGGGCCUUUCGUUGGCUUCAUUGUGUUCUGUGGCAUUGACACCAAGAGUAGGUUGCUGAGGCAACGGCAUUGUAUUUGUGUUACGAUUUGAUACUGGUAAUACGAGAAUGAAUCCCUGAUAUGACUUGUAAUAACUAGAGUACUCUAAUAACUAUCCCUGUUGUAUGGUCUGAAACUCUAAACUGCUUAUGCGGUAUGGACCUGAUACUAAUGACCAUGAAUGUUUGAGUUGAAAUGUGAGCCGAGAUGACCUUUUAUGUGAUGCAA